UUGUAAUUCCUUGAGGAUAUAGUAGCCACUCUUCCCUCAGACGCAUUCUGGACGCAAGAAGCAUCAGGUCAUGGAGAGGUGUCCCUAAGAUUAUCAAGUGCGCGGAAAGCCUUCCCUUCCGGGGUUUUAAAGUACGGAACUUUAUCCAGCCUGGACGAUUAAUGUUAGACAAUCGUUUUAUUAAAUAUUUAAUGCGCUCGGUGCGCGCGGUGAGGAUUUGGCGCUGAAGUUCUCCGACACCUGUUCCACACUUCAGCUGCGGUAUAUUAUGUUACAGCUGUAGGUUUUUGUACGUGCACACAUCGGCUUCGUGUUUAGCUGAAAUAAUGCCACCUGUUCCCCUCCUGACAGCCCAAAACUCUAUUCUUCGCCGUGAGUGAUUUUAUUCGGGGAAACUUUUACGCACAAACUUCAAACGUCUCAAAACUGCUUUCCCAGAACGCGGAGGGACUUUCGGUGGACAGCAUUCAAUUUUUUCCCUAGAGAUUUUCCAGCGGAAUUCUUUUCCCACCUUAUUUCCAUCGCUGUCCAAACGCGCCGGCUCACGCCGUCACCUUCAGGAAAACCGCAGGGGGGCCGUGAGAGCACUGGGCCAGUGUGGGCUUUUUUUACGCACCGCAGAGAAGAUGAACAUCCAGGUUCAGCCAGAACACAAACUGUCGUCGGUGGCCCCGCUGAAGCAGUGUAACAGUGUGGAGAAAAAAGACGUAGAACUGAUCCUAGUGAAGGACCAGAAUGGCGUUCAGUACACCAGUACCUCCAUCAUUCCCGCGUCAAGUCGCUGUGCCGGUCCUCCCGGAUCCACCUCCGAGCAAGACCGGGAAACGUGGGGCAGGAAAAUAGACUUUCUGCUGUCGGUCAUUGGCUUCGCGGUGGACCUGGCCAAUGUUUGGAGAUUUCCUUACCUGUGCUACAAAAACGGAGGAGGUGCUUUUUUGAUCCCUUACAUUCUUUUUUUGGUCAUUGCGGGUAUGCCAUUGUUCUACAUGGAACUUGCCUUGGGCCAGUACAACAGAGAAGGAGCAGCCACAAUUUGGAAAAUAUGCCCCAUAUUUAAAGGUGUGGGCUACACUGUGAUCGUAAUAGCCCUGUAUGUGGGUUUCUACUACAACGUCAUCAUUGCUUGGUCUCUUCACUACUUAUUUUCAUCCAUGACUACUGAGCUGCCUUGGCUUCACUGUGGCAACAGCUGGAACAGUGAGAACUGUACUGACCCGAAAUUCAUCAACGGGUCUGUCCUGGGUAAUGGGACGUCUUACGCCAAGUACAAGCUCACCCCAGCAGCAGAGUACUAUGAGCGGGGUGUAUUGCAUCUCCAUAAGAGUAAGGGUAUCCAGGACUUGGGCCUGCCUCAAUGGCAGCUGUCAUUGUGCCUUGUUGCGGUGGUCUUCAUCCUCUACUUCAGCCUCUGGAAAGGUGUCAAGUCCUCAGGGAAGGUGGUGUACAUAACAGCUACAAUGCCCUAUGUGGUUCUUUUUGUGCUGUUGAUUCGAGGUAUCACUCUACCUGGAUCCAUGGAUGGCAUCAGGGCCUACCUCCACAUUGACUUCAAGCGGCUCAACAACCUGGAGGUGUGGAUUGAUGCUGCCACUCAGAUAUUCUACUCACUUGGUGCAGGAUUUGGUGUGCUCAUUGCAUUUGCAAGCUACAACAAAUUUGACAAUAACUGUUACAGGGAUGCACUGUUGACCAGCACUGUGAACUGUGUUACGAGUUUUUUCUCAGGAUUUGCCAUUUUCUCUGUGCUUGGAUACAUGGCUUACAAGCAUGGAGUAAGAAUAGAAGACGUGGCAACAGAAGGGGCAGGACUGGUGUUUAUCAUCUACCCAGAAGCAAUUUCUACACUGCCUGGUUCCACAUUUUGGGCUAUUGUGUUCUUCAUCAUGUUGCUAACGCUUGGGAUUGACAGUUCGAUGGGUGGCAUGGAAGCAGUUCUCACAGGCCUCACAGAUGACUUCAAGAUCCUCAAGAGGAACAGGAAGCUCUUCACUUUUGCCACAGCCUUUGGAACCUUUCUGAUGGCCUUGUUCUGCAUUACUAAUGGUGGGAUCUAUGUGCUGACCCUCUUAGAUAAGUACGCAGCAGGGACCUCUAUAUUAUUUGGGGUGUUGGUCGAGGCCAUUGGCGUGUCAUGGUUUUACGGUGUGGACCGGUUCAGUGAGGACAUUGAGCGCAUGAUGGGUUUCAAGCCAGGACUCUAUUGGAGGUUAUGCUGGAAAUUUGUUAGUCCAGCUUUCCUUCUGUUUGUGGUUAUUGCCAGUACUUUGACAUCAUCAGGCCUGAAGUAUGACGACUAUGUCUUCCCUCAAUGGUCCAACCUUCUGGGCUGGGCUGUGGCCAUGUCCUCCAUGCUGUUUGUCCCUUUCUACGCCAUAUACAAGUUCUUCAGCCUGCCGGGAACUUUUAAAGAGAGGAUAGCUUAUUGCAUCACUCCAGAACACGAACAUGACAUGGUAGCUGAAGGGAAUGUACGACAAUUCAAACUCAGACAUUGGUUGGCCAUCUGACAACAGAUUCUGAGAAUUCCAUCACCUAGUCCCAUGUCUGGAGUUACUAUGUUCAGCCAGCAGGUGGACAGGCAAAGAGAAGACUCGCCUCUUAAUGUUCCUGGCAGGCUCCAUCUUCUUUCUGUCAAAUUCUUCCUCAAGGCCUUUGUUGUCAACCAUCAUUAUUUAGCACUUUGAUUUCAAAGCUAUGCCUAUUUGACAGCUUUGUGUCGCUCAUAAGUCAAGGGUACUCAUGUACUACUUUGACUUGCACAAGGAUAUCUUAUUGGACUUUAUACAUACUAUAAUGAUGUGCAUCUGCACAUCUUUUUAUCCAUGAGUUUACAUUGUUUGCCUUUCGCUAAUUAGCUGCUGCAGCGAUAGUGUUUAUGUGAUGUCAUAUAUCUGCCAUCUUGGAGGGCAAACAAAGAGGUAUUUAAUGGCACAGUGAACCAAAAGCAAAAGACAAACCACAAUCCUGGUAUUGAGUAGCAACUACAUUGCAUUUUCCUAUGUGGUUGCCUAAAUAUCUGAAUAAAAAUGUUAUGCAGCACACCUGAUCUUAUAACAUGUAGGGUGUUUUGAAUGAAAGCACCAGUCCAGAGAGGCCACCCAGAUGCA